AUGUCUGAUGUUCCUGAUAAUGCUAAUGCUUCCUGCCCUGGCACAGGAAGUAGUAAUGCUGGUAAAGUAUCCAGUUGUGCUGGAUGUCCUAAUCAAAGUGCCUGCGCAUCAGGUAAAGGUCCUGCACCUGAUGCAGAUUUAGUUUUUGUUUCUGAUAGAUUAAAGGAUGUUAAACAUAAGAUUUUAAUUUUAUCUGGUAAAGGUGGUGUUGGAAAAAGUACAAUGACAUCAAAUUUAGCUUUGGCUCUUUCUCAAGAUCCAAAAAUUAAUGUAGCUAUUCUUGAUGUUGAUAUUUGUGGGCCAUCACAAGCAAGAAUGAUGGGUGUAGAGGGUGAAUCUGUUCAUGAUUCUGCCGAUGGAUGGUCACCUAUAUAUAUUAAAGAUAACUUAUGUGUUAUGUCAAUAGCAUUUUUACUUUCUGGAAGAAAUGAUGCUGUAAUUUGGCGUGGAGCAAGAAAAAAUGCCUUGAUAAAACAAUUUUUAAAAGAUGUCGAUUGGGGUGAAAUUGAUUAUCUUUUAAUAGAUACUCCUCCAGGAACUUCAGAUGAACAUAUAAGUAUUGUUCAAAUGUUACUUCAAGCAUCAACAUUAGAUGGUGCAUUAAUUGUAACAACUCCUCAGGAAGUUUCUUUACUUGAUGUUAGAAAAGAAAUAAAUUUUUGUUCAAAAACUAAGGUUCCUGUUAUUGGUGUUAUUGAAAAUAUGUCAUAUUUUGUUUGUCCUUGUUGUAACAAAGAAACAGAACUUUUUCCAUCAACAACUGGAGGUGCAAAAGGUAUGUGCGAUGAAUUGGGAUUAAAAUUGCUUGGAACUCUUCCACAAGAUCCAAGAAUGGCAGCUACUGUUGAUAAAGGAGAAGACUUCUUUGAGAAAUACCCUGAUACUCCUUUGUGUAAAGCUUUUCUUGAAUUAGGAAACCAAAUAAAAAGCUUACUUAAUAAAUAG